AAUUCACCCUAGAGACCCAGCAACUAAACUAAAACCUUUCUUGCAACUCGAGUGAGGGUUUACACCUUUCAGAGCAAUCUCCAAUGUCAAAAUCAUAUGCAGCAGGUUUCUUCUCAACCAUAACGGCCGCUUCUGCUUUAUCUCAGAAUUACGCUUAUUGCGACACCUCUUCUCCUUCCCCUGAUGAUCCUGAAUCCCCUUCGCCGCCUCCCAAAGUGCGAAACCAUCACCCAAGAAACACAUCAGCUGGGUUUGAUCCACAAGCUCUCGAAAGAGGCGCCAAGAUUCUCAACGAUAUCGCUGCUUCACCCCACGGCAAAAAUGUCUUUGAAAAUAUCAAAAAGCAAGAGGACACCAAACAAACUGAGCUUGCUGCUAAAGUUGCUGAGUUUAAUCUAAUGAAAGCACAACAUGAGACGGAAAGACAGAGGAUUAUAUAUGAUGAAAAGAAAAAGCUUGCUCAGCAUGACGCUAAAAUAAAAUCCGAUAUGGCUAAAUAUAAAGAUGAGUUGGCAAGGAAGAGAAUGCAGGCAGAGAGUGAAUACAAGAGAGCAAGCAACCAAGAGCUAGUGAAAAUGCAAGAAGAGUCUUCAAUCAGACAGGAGCAAGCUCGGCGUGCAAUAGAAGAACAGAUUCAGGCACAUCGAAGGAAGACUGAACAAGAGAUGGCUGAGAUUGAACGUGAAACAGUCAGAGUAAGGGCCAUGGCAGAAGCAGAAGCGAGAGCGCAUGAAGCAAAGCUAUCUGAAGAUGUUAAUAGGCGGAUGCUAAUUGAUCGUGCUAAUAAAGAGCGAGAAAAAUGGGUUGCUUCCAUAAAUGCUACCUUUGACCAUAUUGGAGGGGGCUUAAGAGCCAUUCUAACAGAUCAAAAUAAGUUGGUUGUGGCAGUUGGUGGAUUGACUGCUCUAGCAGCAGGGAUCUACACUACAAGGGAAGGGGCACGUGUUAUUUGGGGAUAUGUUGAUAGAAUAUUGGGACAACCAUCAUUGAUCCGAGAGUCCUCCAGAGGGAAAUACCCCUGGUCUGGCAUGUUGUCUCGUACCAUGAGCUCCCUGCCCCGAAGCACUACUGUAGAAUCUGCUUCGAAAAAUGGAAAUGGUUUUGGUGAUGUGAUUUUGCAUCCUUCUCUUAAUAAAAGAAUUGAGCAGCUUGCUUCUGCAACUGCGAAUACAAAAGCACAUCAGGCACCUUUCAGAAACAUGCUUUUUUAUGGCCCUCCAGGAACAGGAAAGACAAUGGCUGCCAGAGAAUUGGCUCGUAAAUCUGGAUUAGAUUAUGCAUUGAUGACUGGGGGAGAUGUUGCUCCACUCGGGUCACAGGCCGUGACUAAGAUACACCAGUUAUUUGAUUGGGCCACGAAGUCGAAAAGGGGUUUAUUGCUUUUCAUUGAUGAAGCUGAUGCAUUUCUGUGCGAGCGGAACAAGACUUACAUGAGUGAAGCACAACGAAGUGCACUAAAUGCCCUCCUCUUUCGAACCGGUGAUCAAUCCAAAGACAUAGUCCUUGCCCUUGCCACAAAUCGUCCUGGUGAUCUCGAUUCAGCCGUGGCAGACCGUAUUGAUGAGGUCUUGGAAUUUCCCUUGCCCGGAGAAGAAGAGCGCUAUAAACUUCUGAAGCUCUAUCUGGAUAAGUACAUUGCUAAAGCUGGAUCAAGAAAAACUGGUUUUGUUAAAAAUUUGUUGAAAGGGCAGCCACAAAAGAUAGAGAUUAAAGGAUUGAGUGAUGAUAUCAUAAAGGAAGCUGCAGCUAAAACCGAGGGAUUUUCUGGAAGGGAAAUAGCAAAACUGAUGGCAAGUGUCCAAGCUGCUGUAUAUGGAAGCAAGAACACAGUUCUUGACCAAAACUUGUUCCGUGAAGUGAUAGAUUAUAAAGUUGCUGAGCAUCAACAGAGAAGAAAAUUGGCAGGUGCUGAUAAAGAUAGUACAUGAGGAUGUUUAUCAGAUUUUGUCAGCCAUCUUCUAAUAGAGAUUUUAUCAAGCUUAUUCAUUGAUUGUCCCCAAUUGAAGAAAGAUUUUUUGAAUUUGAAUAUAGUGAAGUUUCAUUUAGGGGUGAUAAUCCUUAUUCAAAAUUUAUUGCUACCAACAGCUGAUGCAGGUGUUUGCUAUCACGUUGAAAUUUAUUGUCUCCCCUUACCAGCAUUGUACUGUGAUUGAGAAGAGGUUCUAUUUUCCGGUGCAAGUUUUUUACAUUGUACUUACAAUAAUAUGGUUUUGUUUCAUUAGUUUUGUUGUUGACAAUGUUGGGUAUGCAAGCAGUUGAUAGUUUAUGAGAAUGAGGAUAUUUAGUUCAGAGGAAGAUUUAUCUGCUAAUAUCAUUAUCACGACUUUAGAAUACCUGAGCAAGUAUUCAGCUUGUU